AUGGACUUUGGCUCCGGUAAUGUUUCUGGAAACAACGCGACGGUAGACGACUUUGGAGGUGUUCCGACCGGAUUGGAAUAUGAUCUCGAUACUACCAUAGGACUUUAUGCAUCUCAUGUUGGAGUAAAAUGUGCCUUUGGUGA